GGAGCCCUGAGCGGGGCCGGGGAGCCAUGGCCGGGGCGGCGGGGGGGGAGCUGGCGGCGGUGCGCACCGAGGGCGCGGGGCCGGCCGGCGGGACCCCCCCGCCCCGCCUUGGGGGGCUGCUGGCGGGAUCGCGCCCCGGGGCCGCCCCCCGCCCCGCCGGGCCCCCCCGGUGCUGCCGCCGCCGCCUGCAAAACUGCCUCUACAACGUGCUGGAACGGCCCCGCGGGUGGGCCUUCGUCUACCACGUCUUUAUAUUCCUCCUCGUCUUCAGCUGCCUGGUGCUGUCGGUCUUCUCUACCAUCCAGGAGCACCAGAAAUUGGCCAACCAGUGCCUCUUCAUCCUGGAAUUCGUCAUGAUCGUGGUGUUUGGCUUGGAGUACAUCGUCCGCAUCUGGGCGGCCGGCUGCUGCUGCCGCUACCGGGGCUGGAGGGGACGGUUCCGCUUUGCCAGGAAACCCUUCUGCGUUAUAGACUUCAUCGUCUUCAUCGCCUCGGUGGCCGUCAUCGCCGCCGGCACGCAGGGCAACAUCUUCGCCACCUCGGCGCUGCGCAGCAUGCGCUUCCUGCAGAUCCUGCGCAUGGUGCGCAUGGACCGCCGCGGCGGCACCUGGAAGCUCCUGGGCUCCGUCGUCUACGCCCACAGCAAGGAGCUCAUCACCGCCUGGUACAUCGGCUUCCUGGUGCUCAUCUUCGCCUCCUUCCUUGUCUACUUGGCUGAGAAGGAUGCAAACGCCCAGUUCACCACUUACGCUGACUCCCUGUGGUGGGGCACGGUCACCCUCACCACCAUCGGCUACGGGGACAAGACACCGCAGACGUGGCUGGGACGGAUGCUGGCGGCCGGCUUCGCCCUGCUCGGCAUCUCCUUCUUCGCUCUGCCUGCCGGGAUCCUGGGCUCCGGUUUCGCCCUCAAAGUGCAGGAGCAGCAUCGGCAGAAGCACUUUGAGAAGAGGCGGACUCCGGCGGCGAACCUGAUCCAGGCUGCCUGGCGCCUGUACUCGACGGACGACAGCCGGCCGUACCUGACAGCCACGUGGUGUUACUACGACAGCCUCCUGCCCUCCUUCAGAGAGCUGGUCCUAAUGUUUGAGCAUUUGCACCGAGUCCGCAACGGAGGAUUUAGGAAUUCAGAGGUGAAAAAAUUGCCUGACGGAGCCCCACCGCCUUAUCACUCCUUCACCCCUGGCCAGAAAAGCAUCAGCCCUGCCGCUUGCUCGGGGGAAAGCUGGAAGGAGGAGGACGUGCGGCCCCACAAGUGCUUACGCCUCAGCCCGAUCUUUAGUGGUAAGAGGAGGCUCUUGCGGACGUGGGGCACAUGGAGACGGAGCAACAAGAUGGGCAUCAAGGACCGCAUCCGGCUGAGCGGCUCGCAGCGGCCGGGCAGCCGGGGCCGACAGCACCUGGGGCCCCCCCUGCACCGCUCCCCCAGCACCGAGGACAUCCCCGAGGCCUCCAGCCCCACCAAGGUGCAGAAGAGCUGGAGCUUCAACGACCGGACCCGCUUCCGCACAUCCCUGAGGCUCAAACCACGGACCCCGGUUGAGUCUGACUGCCCGCCGGAGGACAGCAGCGAGGAGAAGAGCUCCCACUGCGACCUGACCUUUGAGGACAUCAUGCCAGCAGUGAAGACCCUCAUCCGGGCUGUCAGGAUCCUGAAAUUCCUGGUGGCCAAGAGGAAGUUCAAGGAGACCUUGCGUCCCUACGAUGUCAAGGAUGUCAUCGAGCAGUACUCAGCCGGUCACCUGGACAUGCUGGGCAGGAUCAAGAGCCUGCAGAUGCGCGUGGACCAGAUCGUGGGCAGAGGGGCCCUGGCUGUGGACAAGAAGAUGCGGGAGAAGGGGGAGAAGCCGGCGCUGGAGACGGAGCUGGUGGACGAGCUCAGCAUGAUGGGGCGCGUGGUCAAAGUGGAGAGGCAGGUGCAGUCCAUCGAGCAGAAGCUGGACCUGCUGCUCGGCCUCUACUCCCAGUGCCUCCGCAAAGGCUCCUUGAACUCCUUCAGCCUGGCCGCCGUGCGGGUGCCCCCCUGCGAGCCUGACAUCACCUCCGACUACCACAGCCCCGUGGACCACGAGGACAUCUCGGUCUCUGCCCAGACCCUGAAUAUCUCCAGGUCGGCCAGCGCCAACAUGGACUGAGCAGGGAGGCAGCGGGACAGAUCCUGCCCGCGCGCAGCCGGUGGGGUGAGGUGCCGGGAUGCGGGAGCAGCGCGGCAUCACCUGGCCCCCCUCUAGCCACGUCCCUCGCUGGGUUACUUGAACCAAGUCUUCCUUCGUGGGGGCACGGCUGCCCCCGCUUUGGGGAGGGGGUGGGAGCCCGUGGCCACGCGGCACGGCCAGACCACGCUCCUGGGACGCUCCUUCGUGGUGGGGUGAGACCACCCCCCAGCUCCCGGGGCCUUGAGUGCUCCCCAGCCAUGGCAGGGAUGCUCCAGGUGGGCCCCAUCCCCUGGGGUUUGACUCGUACCCCCCAGGACACAUCCAGCUCCCCAGCGGGGUCCUGCCGGCUCCCCCGGAGCCGAGCCAGCUAUGCAAGGCUCCAUCGCCCUUCGCUGCCGGUGCUGAGCAAGGGACGUUGGGGCACGACCCAGUGUGGUUUUAUUUGCAUCGUUUCAAGUCAGGGCAGCAGUGGGGGCACCACCCCCCCCCGCCCCGGGCCAGGGAGCAGGGGUCUGUCCCCCCUCACCCUCUCUGCCUGGGUUUUUUUUCCUGCACGCAGGGCUGCAGCGCUGCAGCUGCGGCUCCACCUCUAGAAGCACAGCAGAGCCUUCUGCCUGCCCGUGCAUGCUCCCAGGGCAAUAUAUAUAUAGAAGAUAUAUAUAUAUGUAUAUUUAUGCAAUAAUGUCUUAAUAUGCAACACCCCCGGGAAGUGCAACCCGUGGGGACGUAGGCAAUAAGCAAAUCCCCCCUGUGAGCACACAGGGCUGGAUCCUGCUGCCAGGGGGGCCCGCCUGAGUGCCCGGGGGGUUCAGGGCUGGGUGAUAAACCUCUGCCCAAGGGUGGCCCUGGGGCCAUGGGGCUGGGCAGGAGCGCUGGAGGAGGGAGGGCUGCAGGCACAGGCGAUGGGGACAGUGAUCCCCAAGGAGCAUCCCUCCCUCUCAUGUCUCAGACCCUGCUCUUGCUUGGAGGAUUCCUUCCCUGCCGGGUCCUGCGGUGCUCAGUUUGUCCCUCCCCAUGUCCCCAUCCCCUCCACGAGCACGGGCUGGGCAUGGGGGAUGACUUCCCCGGGGGGGGGACGGAGCGGUGUUGGCCAUGCCACUCGCGGCACAGCCACGGCAGCUCCCGCGCUGCCCCGCUCCCCUUUGCUGCCCUGACCCCAGCCCCGGGGCCGGUUUCCAGUCCCGCAGCGCUGGGCUGAGCCAGGCUGGAAGCGAUCGUGGUAGUGCCAAAGUUUGCCGAGCUGGGGCUGGCACCUGCUCCUGCGUAGCUGGGGGUCCCGGGGGUCCCGGUGCCCGGCGGGGCUUGGCAACCACCACCCAUGUGGUCGCGGUGCCAGGAUUUAACCUGGGCUGGGGGGGGACCCACCGAUCCCCCCGCUGCUGGUGCAGCCCCUUUCUGGGCUUUGGACUGUGGGAUUUGCACCCCCCCUGCUUCCCAAGCCCCCCUGUGCCUCUGCUCCCAGCAGCGGGGACCCCCGACCCUCCUCGUUUUUCUUGCCUUGUUAGUGCAUGUGGCCAGCGCGGGCCGUGCCAGAGCCGCUUGCAGCCCCCCCACCCUGCUCCUGCACCACCCUGGCCCCCCUCCCCUCGCCCCGAGGGGUGCCCGUCCCCCCCCCCAGCUGGGCCAUGGGGCAGCAGGGACACGAGGGGACAGCUGGGUGCCAUGGGUGGGCAGGCGGUGGGUUGGUGCGUGGGUGCCUGGCCGCGGUGGGACGAGGGUGCAUGCGACAGCUUUGCCCGCAGCCGCACGCAGGAACGAACUCGUAGGACCCUCCCCGGGGCUGGCUGGUCCCCGCAGACCUCCCCAGCCAGCGGUAGUUACCUCACUUGAUUAACUUAUUAACUUAUUUGUUUCAUUAAAAUUUGGAGUAGAGGCUG